UCACAGCGCUCCUCCUCUGGCGGACCUCCGUGAGGCCAGUCGCAGUUAGGCGGUGUAAUCUCGCUUGGAAAUUAUGAAGGGAACCAGCCUCAGUCAGUUCUAGAUGGAGAGAGGAGAGAAAGAAAAAAAAAAGUUAAAUUGAGCGGAAAUCAUCUGGCGAGCAUUUUAAAGCGUCUGACACCUGAAUUACUGCGUGUUCUCCAGGAUAGUUAACCGCACUGUAACUGUAACUAGUGCAUAGUUGAAUUGCCUUUGUCACAUGUAUCUGAAAAUCUCAGAACAUCUCGUUGGGCACUGAUUCUCUCUCUCUCUAUCUCUCUCUCUCCCCCCCCUCUCUCUUUCUCUCUCUCUUUCUCCUGCUCGCGUUUUUUUUUCUCUCUUUCUGCCGCGAUAAUGGAUUAACAAUAGCCGGAUGGAGACCGAUUGAGAUCUGCAGCACUUGUAGAAAAAACACGGGCAUUUAAAGAAAAAGGGGGGCAAAAAAGAAAAAAAGGAAAAAACAGGUGGCAGAUCCGGCAACAGUUCACGCUGUCCUGAUCAUCCUCUGCUACAAUAACAGGCUGCCAUCUGAGAAACGCUGAGAUACAGUGCGCAGGCUCUCCCAGCGCUGUUCUCCAGCAUCAAAACCCCAGAGCAACGCACAGUGGAGGCUCGGCACGACACCUUCCAGGUUCGAUUGUCGACGUGUAAACCCCAAAGACAAUUCUGGAAAUCAACAUUCAAUCAACAUUUAGAGGCGACAGAAGAGAAAUUCUCCUGGAGAGAGGAAGCGAGAGGAAGAGAGAGGAAGAGAGAGCGCUCUUUUGGAACAUUAGUCAGUGGGAGAACUGCUGCUUUGUGUCUCUCAUUUUUCCUCUGCUGAACUCUUCUCAGAAGGUCAGAGGAGCAUGUAACUGAAACAAGUGGAGCCCUCGGUGAUUUCAGCAUUCUGUCUCCCCCAUCUGUGCCUACAUUCUCUGCUACAGAUAGGGACGUUUUUGAUAAUUACAUAUAAUUAUAAUUUCUGUGGGAGACAGAUCUGCUUCUGUCUAUUAUUGCCAACACCUCCAACACAAUAACUUCACACAUUUACAUAUUUCUCAACAAAAGUGAUAUUCUUUGAACCUUCUGAGACAAAUCAGGAAUAAUUUUACUUGGAGAGACAUGUCACACGGAGAAGCAAUGCGCCAUUCAGUUCAUGUCUAAUUAGUGAUACAGUUGAAUGACACAGGCGACUUUUUGUGCCUAAAAGCUGAAUACAGAACAUUUCAAUUCCGUGACGUUUGCCUCAUUUUGCAAAGUGUUUUACAGGCUGGGAGUCAUUUCCUUGGUUUAUGCUUACUCCUAAUUUUCAGCUGUUACAGUCUUCUAGCACUUAAGCUGAGCCUCCCUCAUUAUCACCCCCGGCCCAAUCACAGUAACAGUCCGUGCCAGGCGAGUACUGAUGCACAUUAAUCCCACCAUAGAAAAGAUUGAGAUAAAGUACGUGGUGUGUCUAUAGAUGUGAUGAGUGCCUAAAACAAGUUAACAUGGAGAUAAGUCCCUGCUCCAGAGAAACUAGGCAUUAUUAAUUGGCGUUUUUCAUCAGUGGUGCACUCAGUUAAUACAAUUUAAUUGUUUACAAUGCCAAAAAACACCAAAUAUAUGAAAAGAAUUAUAGAUUUCAUACAUUUUUCCAGAAAAGAAUUGCUUACAGCUUAAAUAAGUGCCAGUUCUUAAUGUAUGUAGUGCCAGACUGAAAUAGUCAUCCAGGAAUGAACAAACAGAUAAAACUGUUUACAUCUGACCGAAUACGGGCCAUAGACUAUUGUUCAAGUGCCACAAUCAGCACAGGAAUGUGUGGGACUGCCAUAUUUUAUUGAAAAUACUUGCUACAAAUCUUUACUGGCCUUUGUGGUUACAGAAGAAUUAUUCCAUCCAGCAGUACGUCAGAUAUUUGUUCUUUUGUUCAGUGGCACAUGUAGAACAAGGCAUUAAGGACUAAAAGCAUGAAGAUUGUUGUUUUCAAUUUGUCCUUUUUACAAAGAUGCAUCCAUUUUAGUGUUCUAGACUUAAGAGGUGUUUUUGGAGGGCAAAAGAUGAAGUCAUUACACAUUCAGAGUUUCUUUCUAGCAGUAAAUUAAAACCAUUUUAAGACCAUUAUCAACAAUUAUUGAAACCUACCAACUGAUUUUAAUAGUGUGGGUCUUUUUCAUUUGUAUUGUUCCUGACCUUUUCAAUUAUUACACCAUAUAAAUACUCAGUUUCUGACAAAACAAAAAAAACAGGCUUCAAAUUUCAUCACCCAACUUUACUGAAUGAAACUACUGAUACAUCAUCAAUAUCCAGUAAGUUGUACAUGCUACUUGAAUAUUUCACAUGCCAUUUUAGUGGGUUAAACUGCAAAAGCGGAUACAGUGUUGCAACUGCAUUGACUCAACAACAGAAAAUAGAUCUCUUAGUCAUGUAAAAAUGACGCCCACCACCAAUCUCAGAGUCCUCGCUGUCUCCCUUCUCUCCCUCCUUACUGCCCCACUUACCACUGUUGUGGAGACCUCUCCGUCCCCCCCUCCUCAACACACAGAUCGCUCAGGGAGGCCGUUCACCGAGCAGCCCAAGACAGGCCCCAGCCCCUCUCUCCUGCUCCUUGCCAUGCAGGCCAAUAUCAGGCCAGCUGCUCUCCAGGGCAGGACCAAAACCCCUGAGAAACUUCCAGAAACCUCAGAGGGAGUUCUGGAAGCGCCUCCGAAACCCCUUCCCCAGGUAAUGUUCCCCAAGAAUGUGACAUCAGCGGAAGCCCUUGCACCUCCCCUAGGCGCUGCCCAGGUAGCGCCCAUUCCACCCCGCCUGAUGGAUGUUUGGAUGGAUGUAUGUCGGGGUUAUUAUGACGUAAUGGGACACUUUGACAGCGCUUUCAACUGCUCCAAGGACACCUUCGUCUUUUGCUGUGGAACCUGCCACUACCGCUUCUGUUGUCCAGAUCGAAAUCGGCAACUGGAGCAGGACAGCUGUAAAAACUAUGACUCUCCACACUGGGCCAAGCCACAGACUGACUCCAUGAUCAUAUCAGAGGAAUUAGGUCCUGACCCAGACUUUGAUCCACUGAAGCAGCAGAGCCACAACACGGGCUUCGUCAUUGGAGGCGUUAUUGUGUUCAUGGUGGCUGUCGCUGUGGGCAUCAAGGUGGUCUUCAACAAGGUGCAACAGGAAGCCAACCAAAGGGACCUCAACAUGCCCAGAGCCCUGGUUGACAUGUUGCGGCACCAGUCGAGCCCAGUCCAGCAGGAUGAGAGAAACAACAGCGUGGCUCUGGCUGUAGGGGACGGACAGGGGACACUGGGGAGAGCUCCAAAAAAUCUUUAUGCCCCAGGACUGCCCAGCAAGGACAACAGAUUGGGCAAUUUGCAACACAAUUUCAUCCACUCAUCAGGCUCCAGCCCCAAACACACCGCAACUAUUGAACGCACCCCUCGAAUGAACAAUGCUCAGCUGGCAGCUGGAGGCACCCUGCUCUCCAGUAAACACAACAACACCAAAUCCCAGCCUGCCUUCCACCACUCCCUGCACAACCUGGCUCAGCUGCCGCCCUCCUAUGAGAGCGCCACCAAGCCUGAGCUCAAUAGAUACUCCUCACUCAAACGCCUCGAGAAAGGUCUCGAUGAGUACUCGUCUGGUUACUGCACCACCAAGCGCCGGCCUCACACUGCCCAGCCGGCCCUCCAGUCCUCUCAGCACCACCUACACUGGGGUGGAGACUACACCCUCAGUGGGAGAGGAACCCUCCCCAGGCACGCAGUCCGUCCCUGGAUCCCGCCGCCGCCUUCUGGCAUGCCUGCCUCACCCACCCCCAAUCCUUACCCUCUGGAUCCCCCGGAGCCACAGUACAACCCCAAUUACGACACUCUCUCCAAGCCCCCAAGGAAAGUUAAGUCCACUGACCAGCUGCUCAACAUGGGUGAUGUCCCUGGCAACACAGGGACUCUGUCCAGGUUGUCCAAGAACCAGCAACACCAGUACUACAAAGCCAUGGCUGCCUCCAAUAAGAACUCCAACACGCAGACCCUCACCAGGAAGCCGCAGGACAGGAGAGAAGAGAGACAACAAGAACGGCUGCUCAUGUCCCCAGACCAUUUGGAGGAGAGGAUGGGGGUCGGUGGGAUGGGGGUUGUAGAUCCGUACGCCCACACAGGAGGGAUUGUCCCCACGCUGCCUCGCCAGCAGAAGGCCCAGUCCCAGCAGAACGUCUGCGCCACGCCAUCCCUCGACCGACACCACAUGAUCAAGAUGAACUCUCACCCCACAUCCGGACGAGAGCAGGAGAGGAGCACGGGCAUGACGGGGCACAUGAGUGGGGGCAUGGGCUGGGCGGGGGAGAUGCCUGGGGCUGGGGUAGUCAUGGGAACGGGAACACUAGGGGGCCACAGCGCCAGGAGGAUGGCUUUUGCAGCGAAAAGGCAGAACACCAUUGAGCAGCUACAUUUCAUACCGGGAGGGGGUGGUGGGGGAUCAGGAGGAAGUGGAGGAGGGAGUCAGGGGAUCAGGACAGGGAGUAAAAAUGAGGUGACGGUGUAAGGUUUGUGCCUAAUGUGGAGUUUACCCCUCAUCAAAGGUAUGGGAGUAGAUCACCCUUCUGCAUUUAACUAUUAGAUAUACAACUACAAAACAUAAAACUAGAAGUAUAAAGUAUAGUAACAGUAUAUAACGUGUUUAGGCUAUUCAAAUUAGUGUUAUCUUGUAAUAAAUAGCUUAAAUAUGAUUACUUAAUUAAAAAUCUAAGUGGGAAAUAUCUGUUCCAAUUAUGUGAUAGCCUACAUCAGCCAUAUUUUGUAACAAAAUUUGCCAUAUUGCCAUAUACAGCGGUGCCAUUAUUUGUAGAAAGACUGACUGGAAGGGUGAAACAAAACUAACAGAAGUGUUGUUCAUUAUUUUGUUUUUAUAUAUGUUUUUCAAAAAGUACUCAGGAGCCAUAUUAGAUAGGGAACGAGACGAGAUAUAUAUAUAUAUAUAUAUAUAAAAAAAAGAGGUCGAUGAAGAGGAGGACCAUGUGGAAUAUUGUAUCACAGAAUUUAAUAGAGAAUUGAGCCAACUACCUGCUGGACUGUCAACCUGCUCAGCCCUCACCAACAAUGAUUUAUUAAACUGAAUCUCAUGGGUGAAAGGACCAGAUGAGUCUGAAUGAACCGUGUGCCUGGUGAGGGUUUUUUGAGAUCGGACACACUGCUGAACCAACCUCAUCCUGACACAGGGAGACAGAACUGAAUUUUGUUGCUUCCUAGGUAAACGAGCAGACGGGGGUGGGGGCUGUUUCUGACUGGAACACAGCAGCCUGACACUAUUGGCAGGACUCCGUGCCCGAUUUAAAUUGCCGACGUACCCACAUUACCAAUCUGAUGCCUGGGUUGCCUAAUUUUCCAUGUGACCUUAGAUCAAAUCCCCAGAGGAACUCACACUCUGAUCACUGUUACACUACAGGAGUGGUUAGAUUGUGUUAUGGGGGAGUUUUGCCCUAAAGUUCCCAUCUAUAAAUCAGGACCUACAUAUAAAAAACAAUGGGCUACCAAAUAAUUUAGAGCCAUCUGUCACGUUAUUACAAAACAAACAUCUUGACAUAAAUGUAAAUGAGUCAAGAGAUAACAGACGUAUGUGUUCAGUUUACCAAUAAAAAAGGCAACCUGCUUUAAAGUAGGUUGUGCACGAAGAGCAAAGGUUUUUCUACAGAGCACAAAUGAAUAGACCAUGACGCAGAGGUUGCACUUACACAACUGUCCUUCAAAGCCAUUUAUGGAGAUACAAAGAAAAUACCACAGAGGAAGCUGGUCUGACAAUCACCGUUUUAUUAUUCUCACCAGGUGACAAAUUAUUCAAGUCAGUGAUAUUUUGUACAGUCAAAGGAUUGGCUUCAGAGCAAGUCAAAAACCUCUGAGUCAGGAGAGAGGGCGACCUGAGGCCUUCUCCUGGCAUGGCUCCAUAUGCCAUAAGAGACUCGGAUUGGUAAGGAAGCCCUGCCCAUCCUCAAGACGAAGACCUUGCUGUAUCAUAACGCACUUCAGCCGGUAUGAGUAAAAAAAACCACAAAAAAAAAACAGAAAACAGAAAAAAAAUCUUCAUCAAUAACAACGCUUAUCAAUACUAAGGGCUAUCCUAUCCUAUAUACUGUAGUAUGUGAUAUCUGUGGUCCAUAUAAAAUGCUAUCUCUUUCUCUUGAUUUUGUGUUGAUAUUGUCAUGAUGUAUUAAGUAUUAAUGUGUACAAAAAACAAGAGCAAUUUAAGCACAGUUCAAAGAGAAACAGAGACAAAACUUUGCACAAAUCUAUCCCCUGAUAUUUGCACCAGAUACAAACUUACUUUGUAUCGUGUCCUCAAGGUUUACAUUCUGUACAAGCAUGGCUGAAAGUGUGACUGAUCAAUGGAAGGUAUUGUACUGAGCAAGGAUUUUCUUCUUUUUUUUUUUUUUUUUUUUUUU